AUGACUCUUCGAAAAGAUAUCACCACGGGAAAUACCGCGAGCCCUAAGAUCGAGGACAACGUUCAUCUGCUCGUGCUGAUUCACGGAUUAUGGGUAGGUUCCCCUCAACACCUGGAUGUGGCUCGUCAAGAGGUCAUGCGCGUGCACGCCGAGUACGCUCGAUGUCGUACGGAUGCCAGCCGACUGCACGUCAUCGUUCCUACCGCGAAUAGGAGUACUCUGACGUAUGAUGGCAUGGACGUAUGCGCUGCAAGAACGAUGAUGGAAGUCAAGCAGGAAAUCCAGAAGCUAGAAGGCGCCGGAAGCAAGGUCCGCGAGUUUAGCGUGAUGGGUUAUAGCCUAGGCGGAUUGGUGGCUCGAUAUUUUGUCGGUUUGCUGUAUGCUUCCGAGCAUGACUUCUUCCAGCGUCAUCGCCCCGUCUCGUUCAGCACCCUCGCCACACCGCACCUUGGUAUUCUCAGAUACAAGAACCGGUUCUGGCAAUGGGUCGCCGUGAAGUAUGGGCAUCGACUUCUAGGUCGAUCAGGAGAUCAACUCUACUACAAGGAUCAAUUCGACAAUGAAGGCGGGGACACUGAUGAACAGGGCCGCGAGCGCGAUCGAAGGCCGUUGUUAGAGGUGAUGGCGGACCCCGCUGGCAUCUUCAUCAAGGCGAUCAACAAGUUCGAAAGCAUUGCCAUUUUUACCAACGCCGUGCAAGACACCACAGUACCCUACCCUACCGGCGCCAUCGAUUCCGACGACCACUUUGUCUACGACCCAAACGACAUAACUCGGGACGAUGUCGUGAUCGAAACCGACAGCGACCAUUUAAUUACCCGCUGGUAUACCGUGCCUCGGGAAACCGAUCAGCAAUGUCCUCCACCCAACUACCGGGAGCUUUACGACGUGGAGAAGAACAUACCGAUCAACGUGCCUAUCAACGCGGCGCACGAGAACUUUGUCUUACGGGUCGAAGCCAUGACCGAUACGCCAACAGCGCCAAGCUGUCAGAUACCUUGGAUGUCUCCGUACUUGCCGCCAGAGGAUAAGCGUGACAGCCAGACGAUCGCGCUAGGCGCGUCACCAAAGUACGCCUCUUUCAGGCUGGACGACCGACACUUUGCGGUCUCGAUGAUGCGUAUCAUCUUGGCCAAUAAGACGAAACGCGCCAGCCCGUCCGUCCUGCCUCCAUUUCUGAGGUUCAAGCGGCCUUUCAACUGGGUGAGUUGA